AUGGCGAUCUCGAUCCAGAAGCGGCCGCGCACCGAUGCGGAGAUCGCCGCGUCACGCGUGCAGUUCCGCCGGAAAACGGCGCGCGGAAAAGUGCUCAAGGUGCUGCAGGAGACGUACCAGCGCGAAGAUGUGCCAUGCGGUGAGCCGGGCACACCCCGGGCGGUGCUCAGCGAGCAGGGCAUUGCCAACUCGUACCUGCCAGAGAAGCAUUAUGUGGUUGUAGACACGAACGUGGUGCUGCACCAGAUGGACGUGCUUGAGUCGGCUGUGUUCACAGAUGUGAUUGUGCUCCAGACGGUGGCAAACGAGGUGCGCCAUCGGAGCAUGCCGUUGUACAACCGCCUGCGCACGCUGCUCAUGGACCCUGACCGCCGCUUCUGGCUCUUCUAUAAUGAGUUCCACGCCGCCACACACGUGGUACGUGAGGCCGGCGAGUCCCCGAACAACUGCAACGACCGCGCGAUCCGGCAGGCCACGGCGUGGUACGCGGCGCACCUGCGCUCGCAUCUCGGUAAGGGGCAUGUGCAAUCUGUGCUCCUGCUGAGCGACGACGUGGAUAAUGUGCACAAGGCUCGUAUGGACCGCGUUCCGGCCGUCAGUGUGCGCGAGUACAUCACAGGCUUCCGCGAGGCGGAGCAGCUCGAGGACUUGCUCUCUGCGCGCGCUCUCGACACGCCCGCCGCACACGGACGUGUGUUUGACGACUACUGGCCGACAGAGCAGCUGGAGGCCGGCGUGCGUGCCGGCACGCUGCACCGCGGCUUUUUCCAGGCGAAUGCAUACAACUUCCUCGAAGGCUCGGUGCGCGUCGAGGCGCUCGCCAAGCCAGUGCUACUGCAGGGGCGCGAGUCAAUGAACCGUGCCGUCGAUGGCGACGUCGUGUACGUGGCGCUGCUGCCCGAGAGCGAGUGGAAAGGCGCCUCGGACGAAGUGCGCGAUGCUGAGGCUGCGCAGCGGAAUGAUGAUGCGCGCGAGCACGACAGUGAGGACGAGGAGGCUGCGCCAGUACUCACGCACGAAGAACUGCCCGUCUCGGGGGCGGAGCGGCAGCCAACGGGCCGCAUCGUCGGCGUUGCGCGGCGGAACUGGCGCUCGUACGUCGCCCACAUCGAUGCGGCGUCUGUCAACGAAAGUGAGCUCGCGACGCUCGGCGCGCAGACGCUGUUUGCAUCGCCAGUCGACCGCAAGAUACCCCGUAUCCGCCUGCGCACGCGCAACGCGCGCGCGCUGCUGGGCUGCAAGAUUCUCGUGGCGCUGGACGACUGGCCGAGUACGUCGCGGUACCCCGAGGGCCACUUUGUGCGCUCGCUGGGUGCGAUUGAAAGCCAGGCGGCCGAGCAGGAGAGCCUGCUGCUCGAGUACGAUGUGCCGUACCGGCCGUUCAGCCAGGCCAUUCUUGCGUGUCUCCCAGCGGAGGGCGAUGCGUGGACGGUGCCGCCCGCGAAUGCGCACGAUGCUCGCAGCACCUCGAUCUGGCGCGACCGUGUGGAUCUGCGUGGGGAGGUCAUCUGCAGUAUUGACCCGCCGGGGUGCCAGGACAUUGACGAUGCGCUGCACGCAAAGCGCCUGCCGAACGGGCAUAUUGAGGCGGGCGUGCAUAUUGCAGACGUGUCGCACUUUGUGCGGCCCGACACGCCGAUGGACGCCGAGGCGGCGUCGCGCGGCACGACCGUGUACCUGGUCGACCGGCGCAUUGAUAUGCUGCCGCACCUCCUGGGCACGAACCUGUGCUCGCUGCGCCCCCAUGUGGAGCGCCUGGCGUUCAGUGUGGUGUGGGAGCUCACGCCGGACGCCCAGAUUGUCAAUGUGCGCUUUUUCAAGUCGGUGAUUGCGAGUCAAGCGGCCUUCACGUACGAGGAGGCGCAGCGGCGCAAGGACGACCCCAAGUGCACGGACGCGAUCACGACGAGUGUGCGCCUGCUGAACGACCUGGCGAUCCAGCUGCGCCGCACACGCAUGGAGCAUGGUGCGCUGAACCUCGCGAGCCCCGAGGUGCGCAUCCACAUGCCGAGUGCCGAGUCGAGUGCGCCGGUGGAUGUGGAGCAGAAGGCGCUCUUCGAGACGAACAGCCUGGUGGAGGAGUUUAUGCUCCUCGCGAACACGAGUGUGGCGCGGCGGAUCUACGAGGCGUUCCCUACGACGGGCGUGCUGCGCCGGCACGCCGCGCCGCCGUCGGACAACUUUGAGACGCUGCAGGACAUUUUGCGCAAGCGGCGCGGGAUGGUGCUGGAUGUGUCAUCCUCCGGCGCGCUGGCGCACUCGCUCGACAAGUGUGUGGACGCGCGGGAUCCCGCGUUCAACACGCUCGUGCGUAUCCUUGCGACGCGGUGCAUGUUGUCUGCCGAGUACUUUUGCACGGGGAGCGUGGCGCGCACGGCGUUCAGGCACUACGGGCUGGCGAUGGACAUGUACACGCACUUUACGUCGCCGAUCCGGCGGUACGCGGACGUGCUUGCGCACCGCCAGCUGGCGGCGGCGAUCGAGUACGAGCCGCUGCCGCCGGAGCUGCACAGCAAGGCGUGGGUGGAGCAUGUGCUCGAGAAUGUGAACAAACGGCACCGCCUCGCGCAGAUGGCCGGCCGAGCGUCGGUCGAGUUUUACGUGGGCCUCGCGAUCCGCGCACGCAAUGCGGAGCACGGCGCGGACGCGAUGGACGUGGGCCGCGGCACCGGCACGCUGCUGCGUGCGCAUGCCUAUGUCGUGCGCACGUUCCGCAACGGCGUCGCGGUGUUUGUGAGCCAGUACGGCCUGGAGGGGCUGAUCACCUUCCGUGGGGAGUGUGCGCUGGAGGCGGACGAGUACCGCGUCACGAUACCCGCCGCGCUGUCAGGCCUCGCGCGCGACGUGACGCUGGGCAUCUUUGAUCGGUGCACGGUCGAGAUCGGCGUGGAAAAAGACAAAAACACGCAGCGUGCACGCACGAAGAUGGCGCUGGUGGACGUAGCUACUUAG